GCCGGAAGUUGUCUUGUGUGCGUUCCAUGCUGUAGGAUUUAGUUGGAUUUUUGGACUGGUGUAGCUGUGGUGACCGGGUGACAUGUCGGAGAAGGCACUGCGAGUAUUAGCCUGCGGUGACGUGUAUGGAAAGUUUGAUGUUCUGUUCAACCGCGUUCGUCAAAUUCAGAAAAAGAGCGGACAGUUUGAUUUGUUGUUAUGCGUUGGAAGUUUUUUUGGGACGGGCCCUGAAAGUGAAGCCCUUUGGCAGGAGUAUAAAUCUGGAGCAAAGCAAGCUCCUAUUCAGACCUGUGUCCUUGGGGCAAAUAAUCAAGAGACAGUAAAAUAUUUUCCAGAUGUUGAGGGCUGUGAAUUGGCUCCUAAUAUAACCUACUUGGGUCGUAAAGGAGUAUUUACUGGGGCAUCUGGCCUCCAGAUCGCCUAUCUAAGUGGCAUAGAUUCCUCCAGCGAGCCUGCUCCUGCCUACUGCUUUGUUGCAAAGGAAGUCAUGUCAUUGAAGAUGUCUCUUACCGCAAACUCAAAAUUCAGAGGUGUAGAUAUAUUGCUGACGUCUCCCUGGCCCAAAGAUGUGUGGAAUUAUGGCAACGCUCCGACUGACAUAGACGUGAAAACCUGCGGAUCUGCGUUGGUAGCUAAUCUUGCUGCUAGCUUAAAGCCACGGUAUCAGUUCUCUGCACUGCAAGGAGAAAACUACGAGCGGCUUCCAUACAGAAACCAUGUGGUCUUGCAAGAAAAUGCACAGCAUGUCAGCCGGUUUAUAGCGUUGGCAAGUGUUGGUAAUCCUGGUAAGAAAAAGUAUAUCUAUGCAUUCAGCAUUGUGCCAAUUAGUCUGAUGGAUUCAGCGGAGCUUGUGAAGCAGCCACUGGAUGUCACCGAAAACCCCUUUAGGAAAUCUGGGAGAGAUACCAAGAAAACUUCAGGAAGUAAAGCCUUAGAGGAGGAGGAGGCCUCUCAGCAGUUUUUCUUCGACUUGAGUAGGCAGCAAGGAAAGAAACGUCAUCCGGGCGGGAGGGGCGGACAAAUGGCAAAACAGCCAAAGAAGCACCCUCAGCCAACUGGACCCUGCUGGUUUUGUCUUGCCAGUCUUGAAGUGGAAAAGCACCUGGUGGUCAGCAUUGGGGAACAUUGCUAUGUCGCUCUUGCUAAGGGGGGCCUGACGUCAGACCACGUUCUCAUUCUGCCCAUCGGGCACUACCAGGCCAUGGUGGACCUCUCUUCUGAGGUGGUUGAAGAAUGUGAGAAAUACAAAGCUUCACUGAAGAGGUUCUACAAGUCAAAGGGGAAGAGAUAUGUGAUGUUUGAGAGGAACUACAGGAGUCAGCACCUUCAGUUGCAAGUGGUUCCUGUACCUUUAAGCAGUUGCACUACAGAAGACAUUAAAGAGACCUUUAUUUCUCAAGCUCAGGAGCAGAACAUAGAGCUGCUGGAAAUCCCGGAACACACCGACAUCAAGCAGAUUGUACAGCCUGGAACCCCAUAUUUUUAUGUCGAAUUGGAUAACGGAGAAAAACUUUUUCACAGGAUCAUAAAGAACUUUCCGUUGCAGUUUGGAAGAGAAGUAUUGGCCAGUGGAGCCAUCUUGAAAAUGCCAACCAGAGCGGACUGGAAGGCUUGUACAGUGAGCCAUGAUGAGGAGGAGAGCCUUGCCAAGUCCUUCAGAAAAGACUUUGAACCCUUUGACUUCUCAUUACAAGACUGAACUUUUGUGGUGGUUUUUUAUAUAUUUUUUUGUCAUCAGUGGGACGGUUUAUAAAUGUAAAACUGUAUUUAUCAUAAAACAGAGGUAUGUGGGAUUUAGUUGAAUGAUCUUUUGCCACUUCCCACGGACCCCUUAAAUUAUUAUAUAUGAAAUACCCUCCAACCACUCAUUUCCUCCCUUUAUAUUUGGUUCCUUUUACAGAACGAUACAAUUAGAGCAAAACUAAUAAAUCGCCAGCAUCGGGAACCAGUGGCUUCUGUUUGGGUAAUUAUGAUGUUCUUCCUUGUAGCAUGGAGGUACAGUGUAGUUGCCCAAUGUUUGCCAUCUGUUAAUAGGCAACCGCUCAUUUAUCUAUAGGUCUUGCCCAGCAAGCUUGAGGACCUUUUUAUGAGCCUCUGUCAUAUUCACAAGUGGGUAAAGCUGACGCCAUACCAUUAUUACUUUUUGUCCUGAUCAUAGAUCAGAAUUGUAUUUUUAUUUUUUUGUAGGUGUCCCUGUCCCCCUAAAAUUGGCUCCGUUAACUGCCAUGCCAUAUAUGUUAAUUUAAUGAAUACAUUAAAACUGGGCAGUAAAAGCCAUCCCGUUGUUAAAGGGGCAUAAUGCUGAGCCGUUCGAACUCUAUUCAGUCAGUGCGGAAAGCGCCAAAGGCCCCAUCAGCAUGAUGUCAUGAGAUUUAAAGGCUAUAAACACUUGUUGGGGGUGCUUUUUUGGCAUUCUGUUUAUCUUGGGGUAAAAUAAUUUUCCAGCUGGUCUUUGUAAAAAAAAUAAUUGGUCUUCUCCAGCCUCGUGUAUUGACUGCUCUGUAACCUUUAUCCCUUCAAUCCUGACAGCUCAUAAACACUCAUUUAAAUUCUUAUCAGUUUGAGGAGAAGGAACAACCUGCAGAUGCAGUAAAACUGAAGGCUGUAGAAAACAAGCUUGAAAAUGUUUAAUAAUGACCAACUGGGGAAAAGUUAUUUUAUCAGCCCAAGAUAAGUAGCAUGAAGCACUUUAAUUCCCACCAGUGAUGAAUAUAGGCUUUAAACCAGAUCCAGAAGUCAUGCUGCCUUCAGUCCGCAUUUGGACUCAUUAGGGUCCAUUCACAUGUCCGCAAAUGGGUCUGCAUCGGUUCUGCAAUAUCGGGAACGGGUGCGGACCCAUUUAUUCUCUAUGGGGCCGGAAGAGAUGCGGAGAGCACACUAUGUGCUCUCCACAUCUGCAUUUCUGGAGCACGGCCCCAAAUUUCCGGGCAGCUUAGCAAAAAAAUAGAACAUGUCCUAUUCUUGUUCGCAAUUGUGGACAAGAAUAGGCAGUUCUAGGGCGGGAUGCCGGCCCGGUGUAUUUCAGAUUCGCAAUACACUACGGACGUGUGAAUGGACCCUAACAGUGAGCUUUAAUAUACGUAUAGCAAUUUUUUGGGGCAGAAGAAGCUGGGAUUUGCACUGCAGCUGUGGGUUGCUAAUCUAGAGGAUUUGCGGUCACUGUCACUACGCUGCAUAGAAACUGGGCUUCACGCAGAUGAUUGUAGAGGAACAGGAUACUAGUUAGAGGUAUGCAUGAGCCUGCCUUUUUUUUAUCUAGCCACAUAUUUUAUCUUUCAGCUCUUUUCACUCCCCCUUUACUUCAGGCAUCUCCAGAUAUACACAGCAGAGUAAGCAGAAGAGACCUUGAGUGUAGCUACUGCUUCCCCUGCAGUGUGCCCCUCGCCUCCUGGGUGCCAGCUGCUGUGUGAAGAGUGCUUUUUGGGAGAUGGUGUAAGUACCAUGAAUUGUGACACUGUUCACAUGCAUUGAAGAGAAAUGGAGUGGCUCAGAUUCAGAGACCACCCAGUUGUCAAUUUAUUUAUGAAUGUACAUGUUAGGCUCCAGAUAUAACUGAUUGUAGUGGUUUUUUUUUGUUGGUUCCUCCACAAUUGGGGGAAAAAGCUAAAAUGAAAUCUGCCACAUGUAAAUGAUAUGCCAUAAAUGUCGAAUAUGUAUGGGUACAACCUCUGGGACCCGCUGCGGUCUCUAGAAGGGAUGAUGAGUUGGCUUUGCGUGAGUUGCGCUCUCCAUUUACUUUAAUACCACUUCUGAAAAUAGCUGAGGGUGCUGACUGAAGGAUUCAACAACCCCUAUAGUCCAAUCACUUAGACCUGAUAUGGCAGCUGAUAAUGUGAUAUAAUGGAGACAUUUACUUAUUAAUGCUGAAAAGCGGCCAACUGCACCCCCAUUUCCCUUACAGAGAUACCGUAGUAGUAUUGCUGUAUUAUGUGACGCGCAAAAGGCCAUUCGUGUUAUGCCAGGACCAGAUGGGCCCUUCAUGGGUUAAGUAACUCUUUGGUCUAUUGAUGGGGGGGGGGGGGGCCACAAACGGCAAACUCCCCUCUUUGACAUCUACGUGACCUGAUAUGGCAUAAGGACAUUAGGGGCUUUAGGAUAACGUAAAAGGGCAGCACUAAAGUGCUGUUCCCUUGCCCUGCAUCUAGGAUCUAUAGGCCGCAUCCAUACUGCUUGGACGUGAAAUCUCCAUAACUACCAAAGGGUCCAUGAUUAUGGCAGCACAUGGAGUCCCAUUACAGGUCUCUGUUAUGGACCACUAAGCUCUCCAUGUUACCUUCAUAGCUCCGUAUUCUCCCCAGAAGAGAAUACCUUUGUAAUACGGUGCGGGAUAGAAUGUUACCACUGAAACUGAGGGCACAGUAAAUGCCAAUAACAAGCUGUGGGCACUGUAUUGUGGACCUGUACAUACAAAGAUUACAGCUAUACAGUCUUAAAAUAUCCCAUAAUAUCAGUGUCCAGUGAAA